AUGACGACCACUUACCACCAGCAGAUGGUACAGGAAUAUGUGUCCAUGGAGUUCUCCAGCUCCAUCCCCGACGUGCAGACCUCUCAGACUACCAAGAUGGUGGGAGAUGGUGGAAUGGGGAAUAAAGCAGUGUUCAUAGCCCUGGUGCAGGGAAACCUCAAACCCACUGUGUCCUGGAAGGGGGUGGGGGGGGGGGUUGCUAAGGUCUUCUAUGACAAGAUCAACAAGAAAUACAUGCUAAAGAUGAGGCUGGACACUGAGGAGAUGAUUCGGGAAAACAACAGGUGUGCUGCAAGCAAUGAGCACACAGAUGCCAUUACACCAUCCCUGUUGAAGAGAAAGAUGCUGGGGAUUUUGGCUGAGGUACCCAAGAAGGACUUUGCAAAGGUCUGUAGUAUGGAGUAUGUUUUCCCUGACUUGGGAGAGCUGCUCAAAAAGCUCAAAGGGAAAAAGAGGAAAGUGGAAGUGGAGGGGAGUAGGAUUCAUAAGCCACUGGAAGACAAAGCCACCCCUAUAGUCUUCAACUGCAUUGUGGAGCUGAAGGACCCCAAUUCUGAGAUGAUAUGGAUCAAGUCCAUGGAUAAGUACAAUGUGAGGCAGGUGGGCACCAAGUGCAUGCUGGUUAUUAGCAACAUAAACAUGACUUCACGGUCCACCUCCCUGCUCUCUGCUGCAGAUGAGCCACUGAAGUCCAUGGAAGAAGUGAAACUAGAGACGGUGACAAUCCAGACAGCUGUGGUUAAGAUCUACCUCUCCAAGAAAGAGAUGGACUUUGUGUGGAAGUUCAACAGGAAGGAGCUGAAGGGGGUGAUAAGUCUGGAUCUCAGACCACCUGAGAAAGGUCUGACCCACCCACUUAAGAUCAAAGAUGCCAGACUCAGCAAUAGUGGUGAGUUCCUUGCCCACGCAGGAACUUGGUACAGAGUGACCAAGGAGGAGCAUGUGUCCAUGGAACACAGAGGAGAUCAGGAUCUGCUCACCAUCUCUAUCUGUGUCCAUAAAGACAUCAACUUAGUCCUGCUCAAGCUCAAAAAUGAUAGUCACACAGCAGCUGCUACUGUGCUAGAUGAAGGCAGCAAGGAGUGGAGUAAGUGCAUGGAAGAUUCCAUCUCAGAUACCUGCUACACAGAAGGGAUCUUCACCAAGAGACAGAAGUACUUCUUCCAUAUCCAAGAUGUCAGUGAAGCUGGGGUUGGAGACCCUGUAGAGCUAAAUGAGUACCCAUGCCACACCACUACCAGACUUCCAAUUCUUUGGGAUUUCUCCAGACCUCCUACAAACCAGUAGCUGUUUGAAAAGGCCCCCAACACAGUGACUCUGACCUGGAACCAUAACCCUGAUGUCCAGGAAGAUGGUGAUGCACACUAUGACCUGAAGAGGGAUGAGAGCAGCCCACACCUGGUUCACGCUGCUAAGAAUGUCUUCAGCAACAAGUGCAUGGUGACCAGCAGGACAUGCUACUUCAGACUAGUGGUUCAAAAUGAAAUGGGUAACAGUGACCCACCGCUUGUCAAUAGGACCAGAGUGAAUAUAGGACUGGAGGCCUGCUCAGGAAGCCCUGAUAGUGAAGAGUCAUUAAGGACUGUGCUCUGUGGCCAGGACUACCCCAUGACUGGCACCUUCCUUGGGAACCCAUGGGUCGUGGUGACUAUCUACAAGGGUGAUGUCAACAUCACUGUCAAUUCUAAGUUCUGGCACUUCACCAGCAAUGUGUGUACCUUGGUCAUCCCCACCUGCACACUAAAGGACAGCCAUGAAUACUGCAUGCUGCUAAAUCAUGAGCUAGGCAAGGACCAUAGCAGCUGCACGCUACUGUCUAUGAUGAGAAUACUACCAGGCAUGGAGGGAGAGCACAUCCAUCCUGGCCAAGGGCAGGGGCCCAUUCCAGCAAUUGAAUAG